UCUUUCCUACCCCAUUUGAGGAGAAGUUUCAAACCGGUUCUCCUUCUCUUCUCCUCGCAAGUCAAAGCCCCUCGCUCUGCUCCUCCUCCCGCCGCUGCCCUGCCGAUGGCCCCCGACCUUCCUUGCGACGGCGAAGGCGCCUGCAUGGUGUGUCGUGCGACGCCGACGGAGGCGGAGAUCGUCGUAUGCCGCACGUGCACGACGCCGUGGCACGGGCAGUGCCUCUCGGCUCCCCCAGCGACCCUGGCGGUCGUCGCGGAGUGGCAGUGCCCAGAUUGCGACCCGACGGAGGACGGCGCAACUGGUGCUCCCUCGACUUCUGCCGUGGCGACUGCGGCGGGCGACAAGUCAGACCUGAUCGCUGCAAUCCGGGCGAUCGAGGCGGAUGCGUCCCUGACCGAACGGGAGAAAGCUAAACGGAGGCAGGUACUAUUGAGCGGCGGAAAAGUUGUGGUUGAAGAGGAUGGAGACGAAGAGGGCGGGAGUGGGAACAAAAAGGCGUCCGGCGGCAAUGAUUUUCUUGAUUUGUUCGAUGAAAAGUUCAGCUGUGCCUUCUGCAUGCAGUUGCCGGACCGGCCUGUUACUACGCCAUGCGGACACAAUUUCUGCUUAAAAUGUUUCCAGAAGUGGAUUGCACAGGGUAAAUAUACAUGUGCAAAGUGUCGAUCUUCUAUUCCUUCUAAGAUGGUGGCUCAACCGCGAAUCAACUCAGUUCUUGUUGUGGCUAUCCGUAUGGCAAAGACUGCCAAGUCAACCACAUCAGGUGGCACAACAAAUGUUUACCAUUUCAUUCAGAAUGAAAACAGACCUGAGAAGGCAUUUACUACUGAGAGGGCUAAGAAAGCUGGUAAAGCCAAUGCAUGUAGUGGUCAGAUAUUUGUUACUAUCCAUCCAGAUCAUUUUGGCCCAAUACUUGCUGAGAAUGACCCUAAGAGAAAUCGAGGUGUUUUGGUUGGAGAGACAUGGGAAGACCGUAUGGAGUGUAGGCAAUGGGGAGCCCACUUUCCCCAUGUAGCAGGCAUUGCUGGGCAGUCAGAUUAUGGUGCUCAAUCUGUUGCACUCUCAGGAGGAUAUGAAGAUGACGAAGAUCAUGGAGAGUGGUUCCUUUACACUGGCAGUGGUGGCCGUGAUUUAAGUGGAAACAAACGGACAAACAAGGAGCAGGCAUUUGACCAGAAGUUUGAGAAACUUAAUGCAGCACUAAGAGUUAGUUGCCUGAAAGGUUAUCCUGUCAGAGUUGUAAGGUCUCACAAAGAGAAGCGCUCUUCAUAUGCUCCUGAAACUGGUGUUCGAUAUGAUGGAAUAUACAGGAUUGAGAAAUGUUGGAGAAAAGUUGGAGUGCAAGGAUUUAAGGUCUGUAGAUAUCUCUUUGUUCGUUGUGACAAUGAGCCUGCACCAUGGACCAGUGAAGAGCAUGGUGAUCGUCCUCGCAGCUUGCCGGAAGUUGAAGAACUGAAUGGUGCAACUGAUAUUACUGUUAGGAAGGAAAGUCCUGCAUGGGACUUCGAUGACGAACAUGGUUGGAGAUGGAUAAAACCACCACCCAUGAGCAGAAAGCUAUUGACUAAUGGCAAACCAGAUGCUGUAAGAAAAACAAUAAGGCGUGCCCCGGGCUCGUCUAUAAGGGAGAGAUUACUGAAAGAAUUCAGUUGUCUUCUAUGCCGGAAAGUGAUGACUGAGCCGCUUACUACUCCCUGUGGUCAUAACUUUUGCAAGUGUUGUUUGUUUGGACAAUUCGCCGAUAAAUCUUUUGUGCGGCAAAGGAUUUGUGCAGGUGGUCGGUCCCUCCGAGCUCAGAAGAUUGUUAAAAAAUGCCCUUCUUGCUCAGCAGAUAUAUCUGACUUCCUGCAGAUGCCCCAGGUCAACAGGGAAUUGAUGGAGUUGAUAGUGUCACUCCAACAAAAGAUAGAAGAAGAGAAUGCAGGGGAACAAAAUGCAGAAGAUAGUUCGAAUGGGAAAUCCAGUGAAGAAGAAUCUGUUGAAAUGGAUGGAAGAGUUGCUCCUGAACUUGAAAACCAUGAUAGGGAAGGAGAUAUCAUCAGGGGCCCAAUGUUGAGUGUAGAAGAGCUCAACAACACGGAGAAUGGCAAGCAUGAUUCCCUUGUGAAAUCUGAUGGUGAUGUUCUUAAUUCAGAUCUAAUUGGUGAGAAUGGUACACUAAAUACCUCAAGUUCGACAGACUCUGAGCCUUCAUGCAAGCGACACAGAACCGAAAAAAUUACAUGACUGUUCUGGAAAAUAAGAAGAAGUAGAAGCUCUAAGAAACUUUACUUUCUGGUUACAUUCUCUCUUAUUUUGUUUCCAAGGAACUUAGUAAAGGAAAUUGCUAAUGCCAUCUCCAUUUUCAACCGAUUAAUGUCUUUGUGAUUCACCCUUUUUUUUUUUGCUGGUUAUUGGUAUAGACGAAGUUUUUUGAGGAAUAUAAUUUGAAGUUUUGUUUU